AUGAACCAUCCAUACAAUAACACAAAGCUGACCUCCACAUCUGUGACCCUUACCAGUUCUAGAAACUUCCAGGAGCUCGCACAGAUAACCGUCAGUUCCUCACUGAUUAUAACCCUGAGGAAGCUAAAGCUGCUGAAUUUCUCUACUGCAGUCCCAUUGUUGGAGAGAUGUCGGGGCUCUGUAGGCCGUCCACACGCGCUCGGCGAUCAGGCCGAUGACAGUGGUGAGAACUGCAGUAUGGAGAACAAGGACAAACUCAGCACUGAUCAGCGAACAGCUGUGGUCUGUGAGACUACACAGACCAGCAGAAUAGAUUUUGUGGACAAAGUGAGACUGGACAGUAUUACAGAAGACUUGACCACAGACAUGUUCACAGUAAAGGUACUGGAAGUCAUCAAAGAAGGAGGUCUGGAUGUGGGUCCUCUGAAUAAACAGCGCACAUUCCUCAGUUGUCCCUACUGCAGGUGGUCUAUAGAUCUGGGAACGGGUAAAACCUACCUUAUCAUGGGCACGUCCAAAGAUAUUCACAGAGAUGACCAACAUCAAUCGUUUCAGUACGUAUUCGGAGAGACAACUUGGAUCGAGUACUGGCCCCCCGCACGCAGCACAGUGUCAAACUCUGGAACUCACAAUGACGUGUUUGGGCCUGGAGGAGAUGGUUCAUCAGUACCAACUCUUUGGGUGUCAGCAGUAGUCAAUCUCAAGAAACAAAAAUGUUAAUUAUUAUCAUGUCAAAAUGUCCCUGCUGUGGGAUAUGAGGGCUUAAAAUAUUGCACUGUAUUGAUUAAAAUGUAAUGUUUGACAAAUAUACACUGGUUACUCUUAUGUUGGCUACUGUACAGUAAUCUUUAGGUUUAAUAAAUUAUUGAUUGAAAUUGACAAUGUUGCGCUCAGUGGAGUGAUGCAUAGACAGUUAAAUUGGUUUUGAUUCAGAAUAUAAGAGCAGAAGCUUCUCACAAAUUUUCAAUUGACAAAUUCCUUUAGUUUAUCCCUUUCCAACGAUAUUGCCCAAAUGAAAUAAAAACUUUCUUUUUCUGAAUCAAACAAAA